CGGAUAGCGAAGAAUCUUUCCACAUAGCACCUCAGAUCGGGGUCCGGAGCGGACAGAGGGGGCUUUAGCCUAGGGGAGAGGGGUCUCUAGAUUUUCUAGAUCCCCUUUUCGCUCUUCUAUUGCAUAAGGCAAUUACUUUCCAACUUCAGCUACAGUGAUAGCUAAGUUUGGAAAGAAGGAAUAGGAGAAUCCGAUCUGUUUUGACACAUUCGUGCUUUUAUAGAUUGUCAACCCUAAUCCUUGGAGCCUAUAGAAAUCGUACACAAAAAUAUAAGAUAGGAAGGAAUAUUAAUGCACUAGAAUAUUACAAUGGCUAAAUCGGAAGACAAGAAACGCGAGGAUGGCUGCUGUGGAUCAUGUGUUAACUACUUCACAUCUGCCAAGUUUCUCAUGUACCUUGGCCACUCUCUGUCCACAUGGGGAGAUCGAAUGUGGCAUUUUGCGGUGUCUCUCUUUCUGGUGGAACUCUAUGGAAAUAGUUUACUCUUGACUGCAGUCUAUGGACUGGUGGUGGCAGGUUCUGUUCUUCUGCUUGGAGCUAUAAUUGGCGACUGGGUUGACAAAAACCCAAGACUGAGAGUGGCUCAAACAUCGCUGAUUGUACAAAAUGUUUCUGUCAUUAUCUGUGGCAUCAUCUUGAUGGUGGUUUUCAUCUAUAAGAUAGAACUUUUGUCAAUGUACAAAGGAUGGCUUCUAACAGCAUGCUACAUUUUUGUCAUCACAAUAGCAAACAUCGCUAAUCUGGCUAGCACAGCCACUUCUAUUGCCAUACAGAGGGACUGGAUUGUUGUGGUUGCAGGCGAUGAUAGGAGCAAGUUAGCAGAUAUGAAUGCCACUGUAAGGCGAAUUGAUCAGCUGACAAAUAUAUUGGCCCCGAUGGCUGUUGGACAGAUAGUGACCUUUGGCUCCCCAGUUAUUGGCUGUGCAUUUAUUGCCGGAUGGAAUUUAGUGUCUAUGUGUGUGGAAUACAUGUUAUUGUGGAAGGUGUAUCAGAAGACACCAGCACUUGCUAAUAAAACCGUUAAGAAAGAGAAUGACCAGGAAUUAAAACAGCUGAACAUUAAAGUUAUUGACAGCAACACCAAUAACAAUGAGAAGCUCACUGAAGAUCUGUCUCUUAUGGAUGAGAAAGUUGUUGCAGCUAUCGAAUCACUAAAGGAGCCCAGCUGUAGUGAGAAAAUCGCAGAGCCCUUCCGCACAUUCAGAGAUGGAUGGGUUGCAUACUACAACCAGGAUGUGUUUUGGGCCGGAAUGGGCCUUGCCUUUCUAUACAUGACUGUUCUUGGCUUUGACUGUAUCACCACUGGCUACGCUUAUACUCAGGGCCUGAGCGGCUUUGUCCUUAGCCUGCUUAUGGGAGCUUCUGCUAUUUCCGGCAUCACUGGUACCGUGGCUUUCACCUGGCUAAGGAGGAAGGUGGGUCUGACCCGUACAGGUUUCAUUUCUGGAAUAGCUCAACUCAGCAGCCUCAUUUUAUGUGUCAUCUCAGUCUUCAUGCCUGGAAGCCCACUGGACCUGACCGUUUCUCCAUUUGAUGAUAUCAGUGCUCGCUUGCUUCAAGGAGAUCCGUUACCCACUAUUUCAUCCGGUGGUGCUCCUGAAGUGAACUUCACAACAGAUGGUCUGAACUUAAUAAACAACUCAAGCUCAAUUUCUACUGAUGCUGAUGCACCUGUGUCACUUAUCUCAGUUUGCCUGUUGUUUUCUGGAGUUAUUGCCGCUAGAGUUGGUCUCUGGUCCUUUGAUCUCACCGUAACACAACUUAUUCAAGAAAAUGUCAUUGAAUCUGAAAGAGGCAUCGUAAAUGGCGUCCAGAACUCAAUGAACUAUCUCCUUGACCUGAUGCAUUUCAUCAUGGUGAUUUUAGGCCCGAACCCUGAAGCCUUCGGCUUGCUGGUGCUUAUUUCAGUGUCAUUUGUCGCCAUGGGCCACAUCAUGUAUUUCCGAUAUGCUUAUACUAAUCUUGGGAGCCGUCUAUUUUCGUGCUGUAACCCUGACCCAGACCCAUCACAUGAUGAUAAGAAACAUGCAGAAUCAUCAGUUGUUUAAGUAGGAAUACUGUUUAGUGUCAUCAUUUUUAACAUUAUAUUGUAUGUAGCAAAGGUUUAUUCUAUUCUAGAGUUGUUACACUUUGUAGUGCUAGUAGGAGACUCGGAUAAAAUGAUAAAAUGGCAUUUAAUGGCAUAACCAUGAGUGAUCAAUGUUGACAACCAAUGUUACACAAAAAAACCUUUACAAAAGUCAUGCUAUCAGUGAGUGUUGGUUAUGGAUGCAGUAAUUACACCCUGCUGUAAAAUUACAUUUUAUAGUGUGGAAUUGCGAGACCAUGAAAAA